UCCAAUUAACGGUAUCGUUUCCGCACGAUUUCGCUCUGUCUCAGGUGCGCACGUCUCGCUAACUAAAACAAAAAUGCGUGCACAACUCAUUCAUCAAAUAUACUCAUUCUGGGAAUAGCAAGUUCGCGUCAGUUAGAUGGAGCUACCAACUGGGACGGCAAUAUUGACAAUGAAAACGGUGUUUCUACUUACUUUGAUAAUUAUCCACGAAGCUUCCAGUGUUUUGAUCAACAGGGCUGAAGCGUUUGGAGAUGCAGGUCAAAAUGGCACCGAAAGUACGCAAUCAUUAUCCAGGAAGAAGAGAUUUCUGUUGUUUCCAGCUGGUGCUGCGGUUUUGGUAACAAUGUCGGGAACCAAAUCAAUGAUAUACAAAGGCCCUGGUGGAAACUUUGCCAUUCUAGAACUGGAUUUGUUCCAUCCGCUUCCAGAUUUAAAGGGUCGUAUUACACAAUUAAAGUUAGGUGAAAUAUCGUACCCUCCAAAACCAGGAAAACCCGCUCUACCACCGAGACCUCCUCCUCCACCAACACCACCACCGCCAGCUGUACCAGCUCCUGCACUUCCCUCACCACCGGAGAAACCUCCAAAUGAUCAUGACGCUCAUGAGCUAACGGAAAUGGAACUGCAAGACUAUUUGAAGGCUCAUCCGGACACAUGGGUUCCUCCAGGAUAUGGCAAGGACAGAUCAGACUGGUUCCCGCAGGGUACCUAUAAUCCAUAUACAACAUACUACCCACAAACCCCGACUUCAAACUAUAUUCCGAUUGAAAACAACAUGUGGAACUAUAACCCAUCUAGUUCCUACCGUAUGAGAAGAUCCGAUGAUACAAUCGUUGAAUACCAGGUCGAAGAAAGGGAAGACCGAUACAACAUAAGCCAUCAUAGAAAUUGGAAGCACUAUCAUGACUACCGGGAGAAACGAGACUUGUAUCGGUCACUAGAACACGCUCUAGGAAACAAAUUCCGUUUCCAGAUGAAAUCAUGCAUUUUGCGAGCGAUAUGUGAAGCACGAAGUUUCCUGCACCCACCAGGCCGAUCCAUGAUGAUGGACAUUCUCAGGAUUUUGUUCAGUGUUCCUCUGAAGGAUGACCUCCAGGAUGAAUAUAGUAACGCGAUGAGACAUGGAAGUAUGGAUUGCCACGAAGUUUAUGGAAAAGAUUGCUCUGUCAGCAUAUUAUAUUUGAUUCUAUUUGGAACGUUUGUUGCUUAGCAGUGGUCAAUAAAGUA